CUCCUCACACACCUGGGGCAGGUAGGCUAGGCUGUUUGCACUCUGUAGUUUUCCAGGUGGCAACAGGCUAAGCCUUUGAUCAGGUUUGACGGGAUUUCUGAAGUGGAACAGGAAGCUACUUGAUAGAAGCUUCCUGCUGUGUUUGUUCUGCAGUAAUAUUUCCAUAUUCAUAUUCCAGUCCGCAGGGAUGAACUGGUCAGAACUAGAGAGCCUCCUUAGCGGGGUCAACAAGUACUCCACAGUGUUCGGCCGUGUGUGGCUGUCCAUGGUAUUUGUGUUUCGUGUCAUGGUGUUCGUGGUGGCCGCCCAGCCCGUGUGGGGAGACGAGAACAAGGACUUUGUGUGCAACACCAGGCAGCCCGGCUGCACCAACGUCUGCUACGACAGCAUCUUCCCCAUCUCACACAUCCGCCUGUGGGCCCUACAGCUCAUUUUCGUCACCUGUCCCUCUCUCAUGGUGGUGGCGCAUGUCAAGUACCGCGAGGGGAAGGAUUCAAAGUAUACUGCCCAACACCAGGGCUCUCACCUGUACGCCAACCCAGGGAAGAAACGUGGAGGCCUGUGGUGGACCUACCUGGUCAGCCUGAUCUUCAAGGCCGGGUUUGAUGUAGCCUUCCUCUACAUUCUCUACUAUAUCUACCACGGGUAUGACAUGCCACGUCUCUACAAGUGUGCCCUGGAGCCUUGCCCCAACACAGUGGACUGCUACAUCUCCAGGCCCACAGAGAAGAAGAUCUUCACCAUCUUCAUGGUGGUCUCCUCAGCCAUCUGCGUCUUCAUGUGCAUACUGGAGAUGUUCUAUCUGGUGGGUAUGCGCUUACAGAAGGUGCUCAAAGUAUGGCAGGACAACGAGAGACUGCUCUUUGCUGAGCACAAUAAGGUCACCAACAUCGCUCUGCCGAGGUCAUCGUACAUCAGGGUAGAUCCAACUAUUGGGAGCCAGCAGAACAUCAACAGACAGAAGAAGGCAGAGGAGGCUGCUGCCACAGGCCUGUAGCCCUGAUCUGUAUGAUUUUGGUGCAUAUUGGGACUAUGCAAGAAUCAUGAAGAACAGAAGUACCUUACAAAGGAAUAAGAAGCUUUAUAAAUGGACUCCUACAUGUACAGAUAACUGUGGUGUGUGUCUGCUUGUGGUUCGUUGUAUUUUUUGUUUACUUCUGUUGCCGUUUGUUUACAUAGCUUACAAUUGUUCAUCUAUUUUUUAUGUUUCAGCACUGUAGCACUAAUUAUGUAGUACUUAUAUGAUAUUAUGUCCUAUUCAUAUUUUUUGUUUUAGCCAUUUCAUUGACUUGAAGAGUAUUUCAAAUCCCCAACCUAGUCAAGAUAGAAUUAUAUUACAGAACAUCAACGUACAUUUUAAAUAGCUUUCCCAAUAUUUAACGUCCAGAGAUUUAAGGGUUUAUAGUAAAAUGGCAAAAAAUACAGACUUUUUGCACAGUAAUGUUUUAUAAAUGUUUAAUAUUCAAAAACCGUGUGAAUUUGUCUUUUGUUUCAAUUCUUUACAGAUCACUUAUAGAUCUUGUAUUUCGGCAAGUAAAAGUCUGUAUACGUGAAAUAAAUUACUGUA